CGAACGCCGCGAACAGCUAGUACGCCGUUACGUUCAGCUCGGUUGGCGGGUCAGCUGGCGACCGGACGAUUUACCCGAGACUCGUUGAGUCCGCGUUGUUAUUUCCUCGCAACCGAAUGGUCAAAUAAGAUUGUUUGAAUUUUAACAAAGAGAGCGGAUGUUAGCUUUCGUCGCAAUAUGGCGGUCAACCAAGAUUGAGCGCCGAAAAACUUUUUGAAAAUCGUGCUUUUGUGCGUCUUCAGGUUGUCCGCGCACGAUUUCCAACGAUCUUCUGUAUUUCUUCCUUUUAAUUACAUUUUUUUAGAAAACUCUGCCUUAACGCUAAGAAAAAACUGUAAAGCUGUUAAUUAUAACUAUAAUGAUUAUUCAAAAGAAAUUUGCAAGUCAAAUUAUCGAAUCACAAAAACAAUAUAGUAAAUACAUGAUAGAUAUUGAUCAGCUUGGCUGUAUGUCUGCGUGAAUCAAAAAUAUAUAUAAAGUAAGAAUGAAACGUUUUGUUUUUUAAUAGUGACGGUUGUCUGCAAUAAACAGAAAUCGAUUUGCGGUUUCGAUUGCUGACGUUCGUCUUGCAUCAUGCUCGCGGCGGCUCAACGCCUUUCGACUUUCGAGCAGUUGUCAGGCGCGUUUCGAAUGACACGUGAUUACGAGUGCGAUGAAAAAUUGAUGAAUUCAACAUGUCACGACUGUGCAUUUUAAAAUUACGUUCCAUGAUAAAAAAUACCGCCACGGUGGAGACGCGUUUCCAUCGAAUGCGCGUCAAAAGUGGCGAUCAUUUCAACAACGCUACGUGCUGGAACUGUCAGAGAGGUUAUGCCCAGUAUUCCUCGCUGCUCGCACCUCGACUGUAUCCAUUGAAUAAAUUGUUGGACAGAAUUUUCUUCAAUCUCUCUGCGAUGCCCUCGACAACUGCGAGAGAAAAUGAUGACGAAUACGAUAAAAAAUAUGACAAAAAACGUUACAAGCAUCUCGGUAUGCUCUUAAGCAGUCUUGGGCUUGCAGUGGUUUUUUGUGAUGCUUCACAUUUUAAAGAGAAAAGAUUUUUUCGUGCUGUCCAAUAUGGUAAUAUUGCAGAAUUAAAGAAGUGUAUAGCAGAUGGCAUUGAUGUAAAUACCAGACACCAAAUGGGUUGGACAGCAUUGCAGACUGCUGCUAUAAAUCAAAGAGAAGAUGUCAUAAAAAUUCUAUUGGACAAUGGUGCUGAUAUAAAUGCAGGAGAUAACUUUGUUAACGUAUAUAAAACUGCUAUGGAAAAGGGCUUACAUUCAUUGGAUGUUCUUAUGAAAAGAGAGGAGGAGUUUUCUGACCGACUAAAUAAUCGAGCUACUUUCAAAGGUUUUACAGCCUUGCACUAUGCUGUGUUAGCAGAUUCGAAAGCUUGUGUGAAAGCAUUGUUAGAUGGAGGAGCAAAUCCAACUAUAGAAAAUGAAGCUGGAUAUCGGGCAGUUGAAUAUACUAAAGAAGGCGAAAUCAGAGAGAUGCUCGUCAAACAUGCCAUUAAAUAUGACGAAAUGGUAAAAGAAAAGGAAGCGGAGGAACGUCGCAGAUUUCCAUUAGAGCAACGUUUAAAGCAACAUAUUGUAGGACAGGAAGGACCAAUUUCCAUUGUUGCUUCUACGAUCAGAAGAAAAGAAAAUGGUUGGAUAGAUGAGGAGCAUCCACUAGUAUUUCUCUUCUUGGGUUCGUCAGGCAUUGGCAAAACCGAAUUAGCCAAGCAAUUAGCUGCUUAUAUUCAUAAGAAUAAAUUAGAUGCUUUUAUUCGAUUGGAUAUGUCGGAGUACCAGGGAAAACAUGAAGUUGCAAAAUUAAUUGGUGCACCACCAGGAUACGUGGGACAUGACGAUGGUGGACAAUUAACGAAGCUUUUAAAAAAAUGUCCUUCUGCCGUUGUAUUAUUUGAUGAGGUUGACAAAGCGCAUCCUGAUGUUCUAACUGUUUUGCUACAGCUUUUUGACGAGGGAAGACUAACUGACGGUAAAGGAAAAACAAUCGAAUGUAAAAAUGCUAUCUUUAUAAUGACAUCAAAUUUAGGAAGCGAGGAAAUAGCAGAACAUGCAUUGCAACUCAGAGCAGAAGCUGAAAGAUUAUUAAAUCAUAGAUUAGUCAACACUUCUAACGAAGAUCAAGAACCAGAACAUAUUGAGAUAUCUCGUAAUUUUAAGGAUCAAGUGGUGCGACCAAUAUUGAAAAAUCAUUUUCGGAGAGACGAGUUUUUGGGAAGAAUAAAUGAAAUUGUAUAUUUUUUACCAUUUUCUCGAGCAGAAUUAAUAGAAUUGGUUGCCAGAGAAUUAAAAGCAUGGUCUACACGUGCAAAAGAAAGACAUAUGAUCGAAUUAAAAUGGGAUAGAGAAGUUUUAUCGGUAUUAGCAGAUGGAUAUGAUGUCCAUUAUGGCGCUCGUUCUAUCAAAUAUGAAGUGGAAAGACGUGUUAUUAACCAGUUAGCAGCGGCUCAUGAACGUGGGGAACUUGGUAAAGGAUGUUGUGUAUUGUUAAAAGCAAAGUGGCACGAAAGUGGAGCAACUAUAACCCUUUCUGUUCAACAAAAGGGCUCGAAAAAGUUUGUGGACAUCAUAGAAACAGAUAAGUUAACAAAAAAUAUUAGUACAAAAUUUUUAUAAUAUAGGAGUUAUUAAUUGUGCUGUAACUUGUAUAAAAAACACAUUGUCAUGUGAAAAGGAAGAUCGUAUACCAAAGUGUGAUAUUAUUUGUUAGAAUACACUGUACAAGUGUAUAUAAAUUAUAAUAAAAAGUUGCUAGAUUUAGGUA